AUGAGGAUGCCCAGGGCAUUGGCUGCCCAGCACCUGCGGCUGCUGUCCUCCGCCGCUGCCGCCGCCAGCGGAGCGGCGGUAAGCCAAGACGUCAGCUUUACCUCACCAGGAAAUGCUGGCAGCCCCGGGGCCGACGCCGAUGCCGUGGUGAUUGGAGCGGGCGUGCUGGGCCUUGCCAUUGCUCGGGAGCUGGCGCUGGCUGGGCGCAGCCUGUACUACCCGCCGGGCAGCCUCAAGGCGCGGCUGUGCGUGCACGGCAAGCAGCUGCUGUACGCCUUCUGCCAGCGCCACGGCGUGCCGCACCGCCGCCUGGGCAAGCUGGUCGUGGCCACCAGCGAGGCGCAGCUGGGUGCGCUGCACGCGCUGGCGGCCAGGGGGGCCGCCAACUCGGUGCCCGACCUGCGCCUGCUCAGCGCGGAGCAGCAGCACCGCCAGCUUUAUGAGGACGGGGGGAGCACCGCCCCCCUCUACUGCGUGCUGCGUGGUGGCAUGGUGGCGGCGCUCCUCAACCUGCUCGUGCUGGAGGAUAACAACACCGCGGAGGAGGAGGAGAUGACUGGUGCUGCGGUGGUGAACGCCGCGGGCCUGCAUGCCCAGGCCGUGGCGGCCAGCCUGCACGGCAUGCCCCCCGCCGCCAUCCCGCCGCUGCACCUGGCCAAGGGCAGCUACUUCUCGCUGGCGGCUGGAGCCCUGGCAGCCAUCAUGCCACGGCCGGCGGGUGGAGGCGGCAGCGCCCGCGCCUUCCGCCAGCUCAUCUACCCGCUGCCUGAGCCGGGCACGGCGGGCCUGGGCACUCAUCUCACGCUGGACCUGGCGGGGGGCGUGCGCUUCGGGCCUGACGUGGAGUGGCUGCCCCCUGGUACCGACCCCGCCACCAUCGACUAUGGCGUGGCGGCCGCGCGGGCCCAGCCCUUCUACGCCGCCAUCCGCGCCUACCUGCCCCGCCUGCCAGACGCCGCGCUGCAGCCGUCCUACUCGGGAGUGAGGCCCAAGGUGGCGGGCCCUGGGCAGCCUGCCGGCGACUUUGUGGUGCAGGGGCCGCACGACCACGGCGUGCCUGGCCUGCUCAACCUGUUUGGCAUCGAGUCGCCGGGCCUGACUGCCAGCCUGGCCAUCGCGCGCCGAGUGGCGGCAGCGCUGCUGGGAGGCGAUGGGGCACGGCGGCUGGCCGGCGCGUGA